UUUGGCGGGAGAGAGGAGAACUGGUCCGAGACGCGGCAAUCCCUUUGCCAGACCAGGAUCAACUGAACCGCAACUCAGCUGCGCCUAACCUGAUUACCUGGUAGUUUCUAUCAUGAAUAGGCUGAGAGAACACCGUCGAUUUCCUUAUAAUGCGACUAGCAUGACGUCCUUGCCAGACAAAGCUCUAAAGUCCUCACCAUCCUGCAUGUCGUCAGCCGCUCUGAGCUGCUGACAUGGCGAGCCCACCGGGCGAGGCGACGCCGUUUUUGCUGCAGCAAGGCUCGCCUGCUGCCGGAUCCGCGGGUCUUGUCACGUCGCCUGGAUACCGCACGUUUCAGAGGCCGCCAAGUACAGCGGUGAGGCAGCUGUUCUCCACCACCACAACUGCCAGCGCCACCACCACCCCGACUGCUGCUCCCUCUGCCGCUCCCCCUGCUGCCCCCCCUGCUGGCCCCCCUGCUGCUCCUGCUGCUGCUCCCGCUGCCGGCCCCAGUGUUCCAUCACCCACUGCAGCUGAUGGCAGUGCUGCACCCAGUAGCAGCCACCAGCGCACCAGCAGAAACAAUGCCACCCGCACCACGGCCACCAGCACAACCAUCAGCAGCAGCACCCACGGCAGCAGCAGCAGGACAGUAGCUGCCAGUUCCAGCAGCAGCAGUAGCAGCAGGGGGGGGACCAGUGGCAGUAUCAUGAGCAGCCUUGCGGCCUUUCCGUCGAGUCUGGCUGUUGCUGCUGUCAGCACCUUCUCACCCUCACUCGCCACUGCGUUGUUUGGCGCUGGCAGAAGCAACUCCAUUCUCCCCACACUCUCCUUCUCCCCCUCCUCCUUCCCCGCCUCCCCUACCCUUCUCCCUGCGGACCUCACUUCCAUCCUUCCAUCCCUAUACGCCUCACUCAAUGCCUCCUCUUCCUCCUCUUCCUCCUCUUCCUCCUCCUCCUCCUCGUCCUCGGCCACCUCCUCGCUCUCCCGUCAUCCCUCUCUCGGCGUCCCCUCCACCUCUCGUCCCCCCACUGUCCCUCGUGCGCAGCCCCUGCACACGCUAGCCGGGGGCAGAAGGGCAUACGCGUCAGCAGCUGCCCCUGUAUCCGCACCACCAGCACCGUCAUAUGCUGCAGCAAGAGCGACAACGAUAGAAGACUCAGCAGCAGCAAGAACAGCAACAGUAGCAGCAGCAGCCGCGCCGCCGUUCGCACUUGCUUCCUCGCCCCCGCAGGCAUCAGAGCGCACACCUCUACUGUCGAGAGAGCGAGAGCGAGAGAGAGAACAGGAGCGAUUUCAAGAGCAAGAGCAGCAGCAGCACGCGAGUGUGGAUGGACAAGGCCGGGCUGGUCAGAGGAGGGGCGACGUGGGGCGUGUGGAGGGAAGGGUGGAGGAAGGAGAUGCGAUCAGCUCUCCAUUUCUCCGUGCAGCACCUCAGAAGCCCACGGCAUUGCUCCUCCGAAUGAUGUCACUCGCUCGAGAGGAGUGGCCGCUGCUCCUCGCUGCCUUGCUGCCUCUCCUCGUCUCCUCCCUCGCCACACUGGCUCUGUCGCACUAUGCGGGGCGGGUGGUGGCGCUGGUGAGUGGGGCGAGCAGGGGCAGCGAGGAGACAUGGAGGGCGUUCCUGGCGCAGCUCACAGAGACCGUCUUCCUCAUGGCCGCCUCCGUUGUGCUCGGUGCGGUGGGCACCAUGCUGCGUGCGUUUCUCUUCUCGUCCGCCAGUGAGCGAGUGGCAGCUCGCAUCAAGACCAACCUCUUCCGAUGCCUGCUCGCCCAGGACAUGGCGUUGUACGACAGUGGGAGUGUGGGCGAGGUGGUGAGGCGCCUCACGGACGACACGGGGCUGCUGAAGGGGGCCCUCACCACGGGCUCAUCAGAGGCGCUCAGAUCGCUUGCCACCGCCGCCGCCGGGUUGCUGCUCAUGGCAACCAUAUCGCCCACGCUCACAGGUGGGGGGGGGGAGACGGGGGAAUUGGGAGAAGUGUUUGGUGUUUGGCGAAUUGAGCAUGGGCAUGCUCUUGACUUGAGUGUGGGCGCUCACCAUUCGCCAUAAUCCUUUGCCAUAAUCAUUCGCCAAACCCAAUUCGCUAUAAUCCUUCCCCCUCAUCCUUGGGCAUGAUCAGUCGCCAUAUUCAUUCUACACAAGCCCGCACGCGCAGGGGGGAAAACCUCAAGGGGGAAAGCGCUCUAGGAAAUGUUCAAGCGCUGGUCAAUCUUCUGAAGGCAUCAACUUCAACAACAAAUCAAUGCCACAAAGGCCG